AUGGCGCCUCUUUCUAUCGCCGACAUCGUGGCGGCCCUCCCCGCUGACGACACCUGGGGUCCCGCUACCUCUGCCGACAACAUGUUGGACGGUGUCCCUUAUGCUCCCUUCUCCAAGGGUGACAAGUUGGGCCGCAUGGCCGAUUGGACUUCUGAGUCUAAAGACCGUGAUAGGACUGGUCGUCAGGCUUAUAACCGUAACUACAGAGAUCAGCAAGUGUACGGUGCCGGUUCGUCCAGUCUCUUCAACGUUCAGGUCGCCGAGGAUGAAUCCUCUUUCUCCGUCGUCGACAACACUCGUGCCUCUGCUAAGCGAACUUUUGGCCGCGGCGGUGGCACCGUUUUCCGUGGUCGCGGCCAGCGUGGCGUGGGCCAGAGAGGCGGCCGGGCCGGCUUCCAGCGCGUGGGUGCUGGUCGUGGUGGCCAGGGUGGUGACCGCUACUACGACAACCGCUCCGGUCGUGGCAACCGUGGCCGUCGCUUCGGAUGGAAGGACUACGACAAGCCGCAGAGGACCCGUGAGCCCUCGGUCAACGUUCGUCCGGACUGGAAUAUGCUGGAGGAGGUUGACUUCAGCCGUCUGUCCAAGCUGAACAUGGAGACACCGGAAGGCGAGGAUAUCGACUCGUACGGUUUCCUGUACUACUACGACCGGUCGUACGACAAGGCCCCCGUGAAGAACGCCGAGCGACGACUGCAGUCCCUCGAUCGGGCCGCCUACAACGUCACCACCUCGCAAGACCCUGUCAUCCAGGAGCUCUCCGAGAAAAACGAGGCCACCGUCUUCGCCAGCUCGGAUAUCCUGUCCAUGCUCAUGUGUGCCACCCGCAGUGUUUAUUCCUGGGACCUUGUCAUCAUCCACCAGGGCGACAAGUUCUACUUCGACAAGCGCGAUGGUGCCUCUCUGGACCUGGUGACCGUCAACGAAAACGCCGCCGACGCUCCUCUUGAGCUUGCCGACUCCGCCAACAAGCAGGAGUCGAUCAACACCCCCAGCGCCCUGGCCCUGGAAGCCACCUUCAUCAACCACAACUUUGCUCUGCAGACCGUGGCCGAGUCCGAGAACGCCAAGGUGGCCUUCAACAACCCCAACCCCUUCUACAACGCCGCUGAGGAGACCGAGCCCCUCGCCUCCAAGGGUUACAAGUACCGCCGCUUCGACUUGUCCCUGGAGCGCGAUGAGGAGCCUCUGCACAUGAUCGUCCGGACCGAAGUCGACGCCGUCAUGAAGAACCCCGUCAGCGGCGAAGACCAGCAGCUGGUGGUCAAGGCCCUGAACGAGUUCGACAGCAAGGCGCAGGGCUCUGGCGGUGCGCUGGACUGGCGCAGCAAGCUGUGGUCGCAGCGUGGUGCCGUCGUCGCCACCGAGAUGAAGAACAACAGCUGCAAGCUCGCCCGCUGGACCACCCAGGCCAUCCUAGCCAAAGCCGACGGCAUGAAGCUGGGUUUCGUGUCGCGUGCCAGCCCGCGCUCCGCUUCCGCCCAUGUCAUCCUGGGUGUCGUCAACUACAAGCCCCGGGAUCUGGCGGCUCAGAUGAACCUGAACCUCGGCAAUGGAUGGGGUAUCGUGCGCACAAUCGUCGACCGCAUCCGCGCUUUGGAUGCCGAGGAGGACGCCGAGAAGCUCAAGAAGUACGUCCUGAUCAAGGACCCCAACCGGCCGGUUAUCCGUCUGUACAGUGUGCCCCCUACUACUUUCGAUGAAGAUGAAGAGGUGGAGGCCGCUGAGGAGGAGAAGGCCGAGGAGGAUGAGGAGUAA